AUGAAGGCCGCGGCAAUGUCUGUGUGGAUUUUUAUAAAUCUUUUGUGUUUCGGGAUGUGCGGCUAUCUCUAUUUAAUAUGGUCUCAAUAUUGGAUGAGCAUCGAGCGGCAGAAAUUGUUCAGUGGAACACAAUUCAGUGGUGCACGGAAGAGCUCCCGUUUACACUUUCAAGACUCUUCUCCCGAGAAGUUUGACGCUUUUAAUAUCCUGAACAGAUCGCUCUUUUACAACGCUAUACAAAAGUCCCGCAGGUCCGUGGUAGUGCUUAAGACUAGCCAUUCACAGUCUUCCAGUCUGACGUCAGAUAGACCGUCCGUUAAUAUAAUCGUUAAAAGUCAUGGGAAGCCUCGGUUUCCUAACCUGCAUAAGGCCAUAUUGGAGUUUGAUACAGAUAAAUACGAGUGCGCCGAUUUGACAACCACAGAAUGUGAGGAUCAGUCGAGGGAAUUUAGGGAGCUCGUUUUGAAGGAGUUCCAUCGCGUGCUGAUGGGAGACAGCAAAGUGUUCACAUCGGGACUGGACCACCAAAAUACUUAUGAUGUAAAAUACGAAAGAGAUAGUCCAAUGAGAAAUACACGGAAGGAUAUUUUGUGCGCUCUAAGAAAUGUUGAAUUAAGGACGGUGGAAACUAAUGACGAGCCGUUCUCGAGACUUGGUUUCCGGAUUCCACCAUCUCCGCUGCAGGGGAACCGAAUGUAUAAUACCUGCGCUGUGGUUAUGAGUGCAGGAGCUUUGUUAGGAUCUCGUUUCGGGAAAUUUAUAGAUUCCCACGAGAUGGUGCUAAGGUUCAAUAAUGCUCCUACUGAAAAUUAUACAGACGAUGUGGGCUCAAAAACAACCUUUCGUAUUUUAAAUUCCCAAGUUGUUUCAAAACCAGAAUACAAGUUCCUGGAAGAUCCUCUGUAUGAAGACGUCUCCAUAUUAAUCUGGGAUCCUGCGAACUAUUCAUCAACUCUUGAAGACUGGUACGAACACCCAGACUUUCCGCUAUUUUCAGUUUACAAAAGACUGCUGGAAAAGCGACCUCGUGCUGAUGUGCAUUUACUGAAUCCAAGAGUCCUCUGGCAAUUAUGGAAUGUGUUACAACAGUUAUCUCCAUACAGGUUACGGCGUAAUCCUCCAUCUUCAGGAUUUUUGGGCAUUUGGUUCGCUUUACACCGAUGCAAACGAGUCCGCGUUUUCGAGUAUGUACCUUCAGUGCGCGCAACGAAACGCUGUCAUUAUUACUUACAAGGAGACGAUCCUGGGUGUACACUUGGCGCUUGGCACCCCCUUGCCCAGGAGAAGGCUUUGGCUGAUCGAAUCCGGGAUAAUACUGACGUAGAUGUCUUCCAGCGAGGCUUCAUAGAUAUACCUGGAGUUAGAAAAAUGAGUUGCGAUGUGUCUUAA